AUGUCUCGAGAUAGAGACCCCCAAAUCCCCUCGAUGCAUUCCGCGAAAGCGGUCAUAGCAGAAAAACUUGCGCGUCUUGGCCCUUCUUCCUCAAACAUAUUUUACAGCACCAUGCCUCCGCAGCGGCCGCCUUCACAUACUCUCACCUCGCUGAAGCGAUGGUCGGUCGCCAACAGAGAGCUCCCAGCCGUGUCUCAAAUCAAAGCAAUCCAUGUCUACGACUUCGAUAAUACUCUUUUCCUGAGUCCCCUUCCCAAUCCACAACUGUGGAAUGGUUCGACAAUCGGUUUCCUGCAGGCAUGGGAAAGCUUCGCAAACGGCGGGUGGUGGCAUGAUCCGAAUAUUCUCUGCGCUACUGGCAGGGGCAUGGAAGCUGAAGAGCCAAGAGCUUGGAAUGGCUGGUGGAACGAGCAAAUUCUGCGCUUGGUUAAACUGAGCAUGGAUCAGAAAGAUGCACUGACCGUGCUCCUGACGGGCCGGGGCGAAGCCAACUUCGCACCCAUCAUUAAGCGCAUGGCUGCCAGCAAAAAACUGGAUUUUGACCUCAUUGGAUUGAAGCCGGAAGUCGGUCCCAAUGGCCAGCUGUUUCCGACGACCAUGACUUUUAAGCAAAAGUUUCUCGAGGACCUUGUCUAUACUUACGAACAGGCUGAGGAGAUUCGAAUCUACGAGGACCGCCCAAAGCACGCGAAAGGGUUCCGAGAUUUCUUCGGGGCAAUGAACCGGAGCCUGCAAGCUGGACAGGGCCUGGUGCCCCGAAAGCCACUCACUGCUGAAGUCAUCCAGGUAACGGAAGGAUGCACAUACCUCGAUCCAAUAAUUGAAACUGCCGAGGUCCAGCGCAUGAUUAAUUCACACAAUCUUACCACCCGCAACCCGUCUCUGUCCAAGGUCAAGUCCCGGCUUGCCCGGCUUCGUAUCAAACGGACGGUGUUCUACACGGGCUACCUGAUAUCCCAACAGGAUUCUCAGCGCAUCAUUCAGGACCUGCUAAGUCCAACAUUGCAGCAGCAAGGACAUGCUGAAUCAAAUGACCUGAAAUACAUGGCUAACAGCAUUCUAAUUACACCCCGUCCAGCGUCCCAGAAUAUUCUGGGUAGAGUUGGCGGGCUGGGAAAGAAAGUAAGCUGGCAGGUGACUGGAGUAGGAGUGUUUGAUAACAGGGUCUGGGCUGCUCAAGUGGCUCCCAUGCCGUCAAACCUACCCAUCUACACGGAAAAUCCCUCACCGCUCAUCGUUCUGGCUUGCCGCAGGGGGUCACGUCCAGCCGAUGCAGGAAAGAUACAAAACUGGCAGCCUGUUCCACCUGGAAUGGCAAUGAAAUUUGAAACUGUCGUCGGAGAGAAAGUUGUCUUGCGAGUUGAAGAAGACAACCCGCAUGAGGGCGAAUGGGAAAGCCAGUUUAUGAAUAAAAGCCACAAGAGGCGCCACCAGCAGGAGCGAGAUGAGGACAUUCUAUACCCUCAAUCAAGCCAUACGAACGGCUACGAGGCUCCAAUCCAAGACCAAUCCCACGGUUAUCACCCAUACCACCGUCCCGGUGGUGACAACCGGCACCAUAAUGAUGAAAACUCGCGUCGGGGCCCUCAUCGGGGUCGGGGUCGUGGAAAUGGCCGUGGUCGAGGCUCUGCUCGUGGCAAUCGUGGACGUGGACGUGGUGGUCGUGAUACUGGAUCGAACCCAUACUAUAAGUCCCUUGAUGACCAGGGCAGUGGGUAUGAAGGACCGAACGACAAAGGUAGCAAUGCAGGCGGAAGUUUUCCUAUGGACUAUUAG